UUUACAACAAGGAUAAUAAGUAACACAAGUUACUUGUCUAAAGUACUGUUAAGUGUCAGGACGUGUGACUUUUUUACGCUGUGCUAUCCACCAUGGUGCGAAUCUUUGCCUUUUUGAUGCUAAUUAAGUCAAGUCUAGCUGUUAUAUACAGUGUCAAUGAAAGUGAAUAUCGUAAAAUGCCAAGACUGUUUAAGAUGGAUGAUUAUAAAGAGUGCAUGUUGGAGACUGGAGGAACAUACUGUGUGGCGACAUACGACCUUCAUUCUAGAGGUCAUUCUAAUCUGAUGCGGUUUAUAAGGGAAUACUCAGAGCAUACGAUUAAACAUUUUAAUCACACACAAAUGCACAGAGCUACAUGCGUCACUAUUACCUGUAAAGAUGUAUUAAACCAGACCUCUAAUAGAAAAGCGGACGUAAGCGACGUCCUUGAGCGAUGCAUAAACGACACGGUAUGGAGGCAUUAUCGACUAGAAGCAAGACUGUCCGAAUUACUAUACUGUAAUAAGGAUAAUGACAAAAUGAUUUUAGAUGCAAGUGAUUAUGUAGUUGCAUCUGUUUAUAUUGUGAUAUUUUUAAUCAACACCAUUGGAAGCUUUUACGAUUUAAUUUUCUGCAACGGUGAUAGUAAAAAAGGGAACCCCUAUUUAUUGUCUUUUUCUGUGAAACAAAACUGGAAGAGAUUAACCUCUCCCGGAGGCAGCGGUGAUGACCCCAGGAUAGAGAGACUCAAAUUAUUUAAUGGGUUAAGAGCAAUGACGAUUGUGUGUGUGAUAUUUUCGCAUACUGCCCUCAUUAUGACGAUAACUUAUGUAUCAAAUCCACAUUUUAUAGAAAAGGCUUACGAUGACCCAUUAAAACAAAUUCUAUUCAAUGGAACGCUGGUCACACAUACAUUCUUUGUAAUGUCUGGUUUCCUGCUGGCAUAUAAUCUACAGAUUCACUCAGAGAAAACGCAGAUAACAUGGAGCCACAUUCCAAAAGGGAUUUUAUUGAGGUGGAUCAGGCUAACACCACCCUAUGCGCUGGUAAUAGCGACUAUAGCCACAUGGAUGCGGCACAUAGGAAGUGGACCUCUGUGGAAGCUGGUGGUCACAAGCGAGUCCAAUUACUGUCGUAAUUAUUGGUGGGCAAAUAUAUUUUACUUUAAUAACUACGUGUACCAGGACGAUCUAUGUUUCCCUCAAGGAUGGUAUUUAGCAGCAGACACCCAACUUUUUUGCGUGGGCCUAUUUUUAUUUGUAAUGGUUCAGGGCCCGAGGGCUCGGAAGAUGAUGCUUUCAAUACUAUUCCUCUUAUCACUAGUCAUCACCGCCUCCUUGACAUAUUUCCAAGAUCUGGAUCCUGUUGUUAUACAGUCCCCUGAGACGUACAGAAGUUACUAUGUGAAUGAUAAAACUUUCAAUUUGAUGUAUAUCCCUGGACACACGAAUCUCUCAACAUACUCCUUGGGUCUUGCUGGAGGCUUCCUUUGUUAUCAUUGGCAGAUGAAAGAAAUAGAUUUAAGCAAAGUAAAGUAUUUAAGGUUAUACCAAUGGGUCACCUGGAUUUUGUUUCCCAUAGGGGUUGGGAUAAUUUUGGCAGGAGGUAUUUUUUAUUUGGAUGGAGUAACACAUUCCACCUUUUUAAAGGUGACCUAUGCUGCCUUUAACAAACCACUCUUUCAAGCCCUCGUUACUUGUUUUAUUGUGGGAUCAAUAUUCAAAUUGGAAAAUGUUUACCGCCCCAUACUGGAAUGGAAAGGUUUCACGUGGGCUGGUCGCGUCUCUUAUAACGCCUUUUUAUUGCAUACCAUAUUUCAGAGGUCCUAUGCUGGAGCGCAAACAAAUGAACUGAUCGUUUCAGAAUACAACGUGUUCAUUCUGCUCAGUGCGUCAAUAUUCCUCUCGUUCCUUUGUGCGACUUUUCUCUGGCUGGUCGUCGAAGCGCCGGUGGCAGGACUCACUAGAGCGUUACUAAAUUCUAAUAAACUUAAUAAAUAAUGAUUUAAUCUACUUAAGAAAGAAGGCCUAAAUUUAAUUUGAAGAAUUUGUUUAUUGAUGCUACCCUUUAUCUAUAACUUUAUCAUUUGAAAAAAAAUCUAUUUUGUGAUAUACAUGAUGUAAAAGGUUGUGAGAUAGAUGGUUUUGGUUACUUUUCAUCAACCGUGAUCACAUCUCGUCUGCCCGUGAUCACGGUGGCUGAAAAGUAACCGAAUCAUCCGGAGUAGUAUAUCCGAAAAAUAUUAGUUUCAUUUAAAUAAAGUUAGCCUCCAAAUGUCUUUUCAAAUCGAACUCUAGACACUAGUUUGUUACAGCUGCCAAAGCAGCCACAAUAUAUAAUUCCUUAUUUUAUGAAUUUUCUUGUCUCAUUUAAUGCUCACUUAUUGUAUCUGGAAACGUUUUAAAUUAUUUAAUCUGAAUUCAGGGAGAUUUAUGAUUUCAUAAAAGUUACAUAUAAUUUAGUGUGGAAUGGAAUCAGCGCCAUCUCGUGUCAUUAAAAGAACACUCUUAUAUGAGUCUGACAUAUAACGUCGUUUAACGCAGCGAGCGUAAAUUCAAUGUUUGUUUUGCGAAGCGCUGCUAUAAGUAGAAAUAUUGGCUGCGAAAGUAUCUAAGAUUAUCAAAGGUUACGUGUCGGCGUCAAAUCAGCGUUUCCAUUGCAGGAAUUUAUUAUGAAAUAAUAAAACUUUUAUAUUCAACAAUUUUUCUUCUAUUCUAUUCUACCUAUAUAGAAAAAAUCUUAUCAUUUAUUAAACAUGAAUGACUAACAAUGUUUUGCUCCCACUAGUAUCCAUAUACACAAUUUGCAAAAUUUUAUUACAUAGUCUUACCGUAAAAUUUUAAUUCAUUAGUUCCAAACAAUGAUAUUUCGUUGAUAUUUAACUCUACUAGAUGGCGUAAAUAUCUACGAGUCUACUCUGUUAACAUGUUUUGACGCUAGGUGAGGCUCGUAUAAAAAAGUUUGUUUUAGUUAAGAGGAAGGUACUUUCUUUUUUUAUGGAAAUCUGUACAAAUAAAUAAAGUUGGUGAAUCUA